CCAUCUUGUUAUUUUGAUGAGAGAAAGAUAUUUAGGUUGGAAUCAGUACAUUUUGAUUGAGUACUAUGUUUGCCGUUAGUUUGUUGUGAAAGACCACUUCUCUUGGUAUCCGGCGUAUGAGCAGAUGAAUGAUCUUGUGUGCAGAGAGGUGUGCUGUGGUGUUUUGACUGUGGAGACAGCUUUCUUGGCUAAUGUGUGAUUGAUUUACCUAUUUUUAUUGUACAUAAUUGUAAGUGAAAAUGGCAGCCUUGUCGGAACAAGCUUCCAAGCUUCUGGAUUUCAGCCAGAAGCUGGAUAUUAAUCUCCUUGAUAACAUUGUUGGAGUCAUGUAUACAGGAAAUGGAGACCAGCAAAGAGUGGCACAAGAAGUCCUUACAACAUUAAAAGAGCACCCAGAUGCAUGGACUCGUGUGGAUGCUAUCCUUGAGUUUUCCAGUAAUCAACAAACUAAAUAUUAUGCUCUUCAGAUUUUAGAACAAGUCAUUAAAACGAGAUGGCGUGUCUUACCUAGAAACCAGUGUGAGGGCAUUAAGAAGUACAUCGUAGGCCUCAUUAUUAAAACCUCGUCAGAUCCAGAAACUAUGGAAAGAGAGAAAUUAUACCUACUUAAGCUGAAUUUGAUCCUUGUUCAGGUUUUGAAACGAGAGUGGCCCAAAAACUGGGAGUCUUUCAUUCCUGAUAUUGUGGGUGCUAGCAAGACAAACGAAAGCCUUUGUCAAAACAAUAUGGAAAUCCUAAAGCUGUUGAGUGAAGAAGUAUUUGAUUACUCCAGUGGCCAGAUGACCCAAACUAAAGCCAAGCACCUCAAGGAUACCAUGUGUUCUGAAUUUUCUCAAAUAUUUCAACUUUGUCAAUAUGUUAUGGAAAAUUCACAGAAUGCUCCCUUGGUCGGCGCUACUCUAGAAACUCUCCUAAGGUUUCUAAAUUGGAUACCUCUGGGAUACAUAUUUGAAACAAAAUUAAUUAGUACCUUGAUCUAUAAGUUCCUCAAUGUUCCAAUGUUUCGUAAUGUAACUUUGAAGUGCUUAAACGAAGUAGCGGGUGUAUCAGGAGCAAAUUAUGACGACAUGUUUAUUGCUUUGUACACUCAAACCAUGGGCCAAUUAGAAGCGAUGCUGCCUGUCAACACGAACAUCAAAGAGGCCUAUGCAUGUGGCCAAGAUCAGGAGCAAAAUUUUAUCCAGAACCUUGCCAUGUUCUUGUGCACAUUCCUCAAAGAACGAGGUCAGCUGAUAGAAAAGAAGGGCCUCAGUCAAGAAUUGCUCAAGGCUUUGCAUUAUCUUGUACUCAUAUCUGAAGUAGAAGAGGUGGAAAUUUUCAAAAUAUGUUUGGAGUACUGGAAUUAUUUGGCAUCCUCCUUAUAUGGUGAAAGUCCAUUUCACCCUGCGCCCACCCUCACCUUCAAGCCGCAUUCUCUGACAAGGCGAGAAUUCUACUCCCGUGUUCUUACAAAGGUCCGGUAUAUUAUGAUCAGCCGCAUGGCUAAGCCAGAAGAGGUUUUGGUGGUUGAAAACGAAAAUGGAGAGGUCAUUCGAGAAUUCAUGAAAGACACUGACUCUAUUAAUUUGUACAAAAAUAUGCGUGAAACAUUAGUUUAUCUAACCCACCUUGACUGCACUGAUACUGAAGUAGUCAUGACUGAGAAACUACACCUCCAGGUGAAUGGGAGAGAGUGGUCAUGGAAGAACCUCAACACUCUGUGCUGGGCUAUAGGAAGUAUUUCAGGUGCAAUGCAAGAAGAAGAUGAAAAACGUUUCCUGGUUACUGUCAUUAAAGAUCUGCUGGGCUUAUGUGAGCAAAAGAAGGGAAAAGAUAACAAAGCUAUCAUAGCCUCGAACAUCAUGUAUGUUGUUGGACAAUACCCUCGAUUCCUCCGAGCACAUUGGAAAUUUUUAAAGACUGUUGUUAAUAAAUUAUUUGAAUUUAUGCAUGAAACUCAUGAGGGUGUUCAGGACAUGGCAUGUGACACUUUCAUUAAGAUAGCUAUUAAAUGCAGGCGACAUUUUGUCACUACUCAAGUUGGUGAGGUCAUGCCAUUCAUUGAAGAGAUUCUCAGCACUAUAAGCACCAUCAUAUGUGAUUUGCAAGCACAACAGGUUCACACGUUUUAUGAGGCUGUGGGCUACAUGAUCAGUGCCCAGGUAGAUACUAUGGCUCAGGAUGUUUUGAUAGAGAAAUACAUGAUGCUCCCUAAUCAAGUGUGGGAUGACAUAAUCAGUCAGGCCUCUAAAAAUGUUGAUGUCCUCAAGGAUCCAGAUGCAGUGAAACAAUUAGCAAGCAUUCUUAAAACUAAUGUCAGAGCUUGCAAAGCUUUAGGUCACCCAUAUGUUAUUCAGCUGGGACGCAUAUAUUUGGAUAUGCUGAAUGUGUAUAAAGUUAUGAGUACAAACAUUAGUGCUGCAAUUGCUUUGAAUGGUGAGGCUGUCACCAAACAGCCCUUGAUCAAAAGUAUGAGAGUUGUGAAAAAGGAAACAAUCAAACUUAUUGCUGAUUGGAUUUCUCGUUCAAUGGACCAUGCAAUGGUUCUAGAAAAUUUCAUUCCGCCCCUUUUGGACGCUGUUCUUCUGGACUACCAGAGGACAAAUGUUCCAUCUGCCAGAGAGCCUGAAGUCCUGAGUGCAAUGGCAAUGAUUGUUAACAAGCUUGAAGCUCAUAUUACACCUGAAAUUCCAAAGAUAUUUGAUGCAGUCUUUGAAUGCACUCUGGAUAUGAUAAACAAAGACUUUGAAGAACACCCCGAACAUAGAACGAACUUCUUCCUUUUAUUGCAGGCUGUAAACAACCAUUGCUUCCCAGCCUUCCUCAACAUCCCUCCGGCACAGUUCAAGCUUGUUCUGGACUCUAUCAUUUGGGCUUUCAAACAUACAAUGCGAAAUGUAGCUGACACAGGAUUGCAGAUACUGUAUCAAAUGAUCCAGAACGUAGAACAACACGAAGCAGCUGCUCAAAGCUUUUAUCAGACAUACUUCACAGAUAUUUUGCAACACAUUUUUUCAGUUGUCACAGAUACCUCUCAUACUGCUGGUCUUACCAUGCACGCUACAAUUUUGGCCUAUAUGUUCUCUAGAGUUGAACAGAAUAGGAUAAAGGUAGCAUUGGGUCCCACCCCUGACAAUGUAGCCUACAUCCAAGAGUUUGUGGCCUCAUUACUACGUGCUGCAUUCCCCCAUCUGACAGACAACCAAAUAAAGAUCACUGUGCAGGGACUGUUCAACUUGGACCAGGAUAUUCCUGCAUUCAAAGAGCAUCUACGUGAUUUCCUUGUUCAAAUUCGAGAAUACACUGGUGAUGACGACUCCGACCUGUAUCUUGAAGAGCGUGAACAUGAACUUCAGUUAAUGCAAGAGGAAAAGAGACGCAUUCAAAUGGCUGUACCCGGAAUCCUCAAUCCACAUGAAAUCCCAGAGGAUAUGCAGGAUUAGCGGCUGUGAUGUGUGCUUGUGUGUGUUAUCCACCCUGAACUGUGGUGUUGAACUGUAAAAAGUGGUGUAAUUGUUCUGUUACUGUGAGUGAGAAAGAUGAGGUAGAUUAGGUUGUGUUGAUGGUAUGUGCAAGCACGUGCAAUUUGAUGAUCGUGACCGCCCAGUUUCACCCACCCAAACUUUAUUGUUAUCACUAUGGGAUGCUUUACUCUAUCAAGUCACACCAUUUUCUAGUAACAAAAUUCGGCAAUGCUGUUCUGAAUACCACUGUAUGCAUCACUUGGGGUUGUGUCCUCAUUUUCCAUUUUCAUUUGCCCUCUUAAAAUUAAUCAACAUCAGAGUUGCGUUCAUUUAUCAGCCUUACUCUGACUUAUUGUACUACCUAAGUGAUACAUCAAAAUAUAUUUUUCUUAACAUAAUUUCGGUUUUGGCAGUGUUGCUAAUUGCGUAGGUGUUUGUUGAAACAAAGAGUGAGAAUCCUGUUUUUGUUACUAUUUGACAUCAUUUUUUAUAUCAGUUUUACUUUUUUUUUUGUUUGGUUUCAUUUUUAUUGUUAACACAAAUGCAAGGUGGUCUUAUCCAGUAGGGUGGUGUGGCUUUGUAUCCUCUGUUUAUCUUUGAAUGUACUACUAAGACUGUGUGAGAAAUUGUGGAACAUAAAAGUGCACCCAUUUAGAGCUUCCUGAAUAUUUUUAAAGUUUUCCUUUUUUAUUUAAAAUUAAAAAACAAAAACAAUCAAAAAAAAAAAAAAAAGAAAAGAAACGUGUUUAACAUGUACCAGUGGGUCUCUUUGAUCAGUCCUCUUUUUUCUAAAAGGUUAUGGUGAUUUGGAAAUGUUUGCACCAUUUGUGCCACUCUUUUGUUGGUACUUCAUCCUUUUUUUGAAGGAGUCAUUAUUCCCACAUCAAACAUACUCUGCAUUCUAUGAUAAAAACCAUCUGUUUCUUUAAACAUUGAUACUAUUCAUACAAAGUGUACCAGUAGCAUUGGGGAUCCUAGUGAAACUUGCGCAAAGUUGCUUUAAUUUCGUACGGUGACAUUUUUGUUUCUUUUUUUCCACAUCCUUUUUUGAAACCACUCCAUUGCAUACAGUAACACAGAAACAAUACUGUUCCUGUAAUUAUGGACUGACUAGUGCCAGGAGCUCUAGUCUGCAUUUAUACUGAAAGCUUCUCUGGGUACUGCAAUCGAGGGAAUCUAUUAUGUAUAUUUAUUAAAUUAUUUGUAAUAAUUGUAGUGUAAGUUCCAAACUUGAUAAAAAUGUUAUCGGAUGUCAUUUGCUUUUUGAUACAUACUGCUGAUUGUAACCUGCCUUUGUGCAGUACAAGGCUGGCUUAGUUUAGAGUGGUGGGGCAGUAUUUGUACUUUUUAUAUUCUGCUUGAAGCAAAUGACUCAAUCUCAGUGAAAGUGCAGCACUUUCUUUUUAUACAUAUUUUUGCAUUUGUGAGGCAGGAUGAAAUGUGGGAUGAAUGUCCCUAUCACUUCACCAUGUCUUGUGUAAUUGCGUCACUUAAUGAUUAUCUUUUCUGUGUCUGUAAUACUAUUUCUGGUUUUUAUUGGAAAAUGGUUUGAAGAAUUACCCUGGUACCUGAAAUUAUCAUUAGUGUUGACUUAAAACAGUUCAAUGAUAAUAAAUGUGUGUUUGAGUGAAUUAGCCAGUGAGCUGGAAGACCAUUCAAGGUUUCCUGAAGUAGAUGCCGUUUUUCAGUUGAGGAGUUCUGCUUUCUCUAUAGCCUGCAUCUCCACUCAGCAGGGUGUGUGGCACACUGUGGCACACUGAGUGGCAGAUGCCUAGAAUGAGGGCGCGCAUGUGAAAGAGUGAAAUGAGGUUGACAAUAUCUGUCAACAUGCUGCCUCGCCGUGGCCUUCUCGUCUUGUUGGAAUAGCUCUGAGCGUGGAUGUGUUUGAACUGAUGUAUGAUGACCUGAAUGUUGAAUGGAUGUGCUUCUGGUUGAAUGAGAUUGCAUGUGUGUGAUUCUUGUUAUACAUUCAUUCAACCUGCUUAAGUACUACAGUUGGAGAAAAAAAAUUAUUUUGCAUUUUCUAAUGGUUUUGUUUUCCUUCACUUGUUGAAGAAAAGAAGUUCUCAAGGUUGUCUUUGUUACUGGUUUUUUUUCUUUUGUGCAGGUGUGCUGGCCUUAAUCCCUAAAGGUGUUUUGUUGUAAAAUUUUAUUUGCACCAAGUAGCAAUUACUGUUGUCCUAUCAAUGAAUUUGUCUUCUGUCCCUUCAAUUACUGAAGGCACUAGGAGAGGGUUGGUACAAUGGUCAAAUUGUAAUGAGAGCCUACUGCCAGCAGAGUCAGUUACAUGUAAUCUGGACUCUUGCAUCUUAGGUAAUUCAUUAGAACCCUUCUCCCGUCAAGAUUUCAUUAUUUUUAAUUGUUUGUCCUUGCCUUAUUAUUGUUCCCCUACUGUUCAUUUCUUUAAAUGUGGGGGAAUGGUAUGGUGAGGACCCCUCUCUCUUUCCUCUCCUCACAUGUACAUUAGCGUGUUGUGUAUUUGUGUGAAGUGUUAGACUUUUGCUAAACUGUAAGUAAUUCUUAGUGAUCAUUAAUAUAAUUAAUUAUCUUUAUUA